AUGGCUGACAACCCCCAUGAGUUUCGCAGGAGGAUUCUUCUCCUGGUCACAACGGGAGGCUUCACUCAUGCAGCCCCAGUCCUUGAAAUAGGCGCCGUUCUUGCUUCUCGUGGUCAUGAGAUUCAAUUCGCUACGUGUGCUGGCCAAGAGGAAUGGACUUCUGGCUAUCCCUUUAUAAAAACGACCUAUAUCGUCGGUCCGGCUGCUACGGAAGAUGACCUUGAUCUUCACUACGAGAGGUUACGUCUCUGGCGCCACGAGCACGGCUUUGCUCCCAUGAUGAAGUCUAAAUACUUCUUUGACAAUUUCUGGACAGAGACUUAUAAGAGUCUGCGCGCUCUGUGUCUGGACCCCUCUACGAAGCCUGACUUUAUUGUCGCGGACUUCUUCGCUGAUAGUGCGGCGAGGGAUAUGCUCAGACAGUUCAACAUCCAGCUCGCAAGCGUCUGGCCCCAGAUGCCGUAUGCUAUGGCGCCUGUGAGUUAUCAUCCGGGUCAGCCUGGGUUCCAGGCCGAUGGGGCGUUGACUUCUGAGCAUGCAUCUUUGACGUCGCGAUUCUGGAACGAGUUUGUAGUGUUGGCGGCGCUUCCAACGGUUAUUCCUUGGUUGAUAUGGACGAAACGCAUGCGUGUUGAUGCAGGCGUCAACUACAGUCAUUCUCUUCUCCCCAAGCCUGAUUACCUCGUUCUGGUCAAUUCGUUCUGGGGACUGGAAGCACCUAAAGAACUGCCGCCUCUCAUGGCACCCGUUGGACCUAUUCUCAGUGACGAGUAUCCUCCCUUGGAUGAAGACCUAGCCCAGUUCCUGUAUGACCACGACAAGACGAUAUACGUGUGCUUGGGAACUCAUGUCAACCUCCCAGGAGAAGAGCUAACAAAAUAUCUUCUCGGGUUCAUCCAAGCUCUGGACGCUGGGUCUAUUAACGGUGUUAUAUGGGCUAUUCCUCAGAAACCUCGUGCCAACUUUGACACUUCCAAGACUUAUCCUCUAGCUGAUGGUUCGACUAUCAGCGUCGAAGGUCUUCUAAAUGACGCCCAUCCACACUUCCGUCUCCCUGUAUUCGCGCCCCAAAGAGCUGUCUUGGCGCAUCCCAAUACUGUCUUAUUCCUCACACACGGCGGCGGUUCAAGUGCCAAUGAGACACUCUUCCAUGGUACACCAGUCCUUGCAGUAGGAUACUUCUUCGAUCAGCUUUGCAACAGCGCUCGUCUCGCAGCAUCGGGUGUCGGCACGUCCCUUGACAAAUCCUAUCUGACACCGUCCUCCAUUGCAUCAGCCAUAGAAAACAUCACAGCCGACGCUGACGGGUCGUUCACCGCCAACGCCCGUCGCAUGCAGCGCAUAGCAACCCUCAAUUCCAAGCGCAAGCACCUCGCAGCUGAUCUCAUCGAAGAGGUCAUGAGAGGGUUGGAGGAAGAUACCCCUUAUGCUCGUAAGGUCGGUAAGGGCCGGUAG